AUGACGACCAAAAUCAUUAAAAAAAUACCAAUUUCCAAUAUAUCAUCGAGGUUAAUAGAUUUACAAACAGGUUUAGGAGCAGCUAAAUUCGGUCUCAAUGUGAAAAAAGUAUCAUUGGUAUAUAGUAAAAGGAAUAACAACGCUGGUGCAAGAUAUUUUAAGAAAGAAAAUUUACCUCGAAUAAUUUAUAAUAAUCCGGGUUUGCCGGUUGAAGUUAUUGCUUUGGAAGAAAAGGAUGUUAAACCAACUUUAACAGUAGAAUUCGGUAUUUAA